AUGUGGGGAGGGGAAGUCAAGGUCCCAUUCGAGCCUAAUCCCCUCCCUGAAUGGCUACAACAGAUCAGCCAGACACUACUGGAUACUGGCAUCUUCAGUGAAGAAAAGAAGCCCAACCACGCACUCAUCAACGAAUAUGGUGUGGGGGACUGCAUUCUACCACAUGAGGACGGGCCUGCGUAUUUCCCUCUGGUGUCCAUUAUCAGCACUGGCGCUGAGUGCCGAGUGACGUUUGAGCCGCAUCGUGCUUUGGCAUCAAUUGUGCAGAACUUUGAUUUCCAGUUGGAACGUCGUAGUCUCUUGCUGUUCACGGGAGAAGCCUACACGCGCUACUUACACAGCGUCGACAACAUCGAAGUGGGCACGCGCAUUUCACUGACGAUUCGCCACGUCGAUCUCCUCUAA